AUGACUAUGGACUCUAAACGUGUGCGAUAUGAUCAGCUCCCACUUGAAGAAGGUUCCAGCCCGCCAGAGACAAGAAAGCCCACCUCAACUACCAGAAGAUUAAUCCAAGGUCUCCUGUGUACAACUAUCCUAGCCUCAAUCAUCAUCGGCACCAUCUGGAUAUGGACUCACCAACACCCCAAUCUACCACAAUACAUCGACUGCGGCACCACAGUCGAAGAAGCGCUCUCCAAAAACUGCGUUAUGGAACCCAUGAUCUACGGCUGGAUACCACGAGAAUGUUACUUCCCCGAUCUCAGUUCCCAAUAUUCUCCUUUUGAAGACCGGGAAUGGUAUACCGAUGACAAUUAUACUGUGCAAAUCCCGCCUGCAGAUUUAUGGGCGGGAAAAAAUAAACAUGUUUUUACGCACAAGUAUCAUUCGACGCAUUGUUUUUUUCUGUGGAGGAAAUUGGCACUGGGGAUUGCGAGGAGAGCGCAUUAUUUGGAUGAUAAGACCUUGGAUUUGGAACAUUCGGAUCAUUGUUCGGAGGUCUUGGAUCAUUAUGGGGGGGAGACGAAUAGGUCGACGAAUGAUGUUGUGAUGGGUUUUCAUAGGUGCGAGAGGUUGGCUUGGGUGUAG